AUGUCUACACCUCCAUAUCUCACGCCGCCACAAACCCGUGCUCACGUGUCACAGAUGGGUGGGCUUGAUCUAUUACAUUGCCAGUCUGAUCAAAAAGUUCACGCCUUUACGCCAUCACAGGGUCUACUCUCCACUGCAGUGAGCUGGCCCAGCAAUACCAAUUCGACCCAGAGCUAUUCGAACCCCGUUGCAAAACUUGGAGAAUAUCUACAUUUAGGAAUAUAUGAGGGGGUUGAUGCCCUACCCUCCCAUACUUCACCUUUCCUAAGUCCUCACACAACCUCCACCCCGAGCACAAUGGCUUCCCUCAGUUCUCCAAUGAUACGGGAAGAAUCUGCUGGCCUGAUGCGCGGGUUACAACGGAAUACAGAUCUUCCUCUAGCAGCAAGUUCUGAAAAAACGAUUAAGACCAUGCCCCAUAGCAAAAACAUAUCGAGAACAUUCCCCCAAGCCAAUUCCUCUUAUGAAAUGCCACGUUUUGCUCCUAUAGAAACCGAUCCCACACCAUCCAACACACUUCUUGAACUGGACAACAUCAUCAAAAGAGAGUGGUGUGACGGCGGAGUGGCGACCCAACCUGUGCCAGAUAUCACCAGCAACCCUUCCAAUGUUACUGCUAUGCGUAUUUCGGAGGUUCCAAAACGAUUUCACAAAAGUAUAACUGCUAUUAGUAGCAAAUAUGGGUGCCCGCAGUGUGGGAUGCAGUUCACCAGAAAGUCCAAUUGCAAGUCACAUAUAAAGAUACAUGAUCCAAACCGGAAAUAUUCUCACCAAUGCACCGUGACGUACUGUUUAAAGCAGUUCAGUCGAAAAACUGACCUUACCCGACAUAUUGAUAGCGUGAGACCUCAGCAUUUACUUUUAUAUUAA